CAUCGUCAGUGUGCCUCACGUGGAAGUGGAAAUACUCGUCCAGGAAACAACGUAAACCAACAGAAUAAGAAGGAAGAGAAGUAGGUAGACAGAAAGAGAAGGAAAACGCGGGCAUGCGCGUUACUGGUGGGAAAGAGCAAACGGCCAAAGGGGACGCGCGACAUGAGAUGAGAGACAAUUGGCUGCAGAAAACCUUCCCUCCGCUGCCUGCUGCUGCGCUGAAUCCGAACCUGCCCUCACUUCACCUCUCAGCUCACUUCACUUCUCACCUCCGCCGCUGCCGCAUCAAAUUCUCACCUUCUGCCUUUCAUAACCACUGAUUUCUCAAUCUGCAGGAGGCAACUAGUCGAUCUUGGCUCUUCAAAGGCUGGAAGUCGCGCCUUGGCCACGCUCGUUCAUCAACGCCUCAACCGCCGCACACUCUUCAUCAUCAUUCUUCGGAGCUAGCGGCUCAUCGACGCCGCCUGAUGAAUCACCACUCACGAUAUUUAUUCCCUACACAGAUCUCAGCACUGUAAACAAGAAGCAGCACGAUAUCGUUGGUGACAGUGCCAUCAAUCAAGAUGGCUUCCUGCCAGCAACCCCAGAACCCGUACGGGACCCCGUCCCUCGUCAUCGAGCCGACCCAGAGCUACCUAUACCACUUCCGGUCUAUGGCCCAUCGGAAAGACAUCCUCCUCAAGAGCGGCUUCAUUCUCAAUCCACUAUCUGAGAGAGAUAUUGACGAUAAGAAGCGAUGCCGCAGAUGCAACCUCCGCUGCUCCAAUAACAGAAACAAAUUCAAAUCGCCUGGGAAGGGGUCACAAGCCGAUGCAAAGUCCUCAUCCGUCCAGCCCAAGACCAAGACGUUCACUAGAUCUUCUUCCAUGGCCGACGAGGAGCCCGAGGGCGCAAAGGGAGACGAGAAGCCCGCAAAGCCGGUCCUCAAGUGUCAGUAUCACACCGGCCGCGUCAUAAACAUGCGGUGGAACUGCUGCAGAGUCCACGUUUCCGAGCCGGGCUGCACGUACGCUCCAGAGCACCUUGUCCGGAAUUACCCCCCGGGUGAAAUUCACGACCGUCACCAAUUUCACAAGACCCCGACCCACGCCCUCCUGGACCUGGGUAUCGACACUGUGACGUCCGCUCAGAGGGCGCCGCGUCGCGCCGUCGCCAUGGACUGCGAAAUGGGCGUGGCCUACGACGGUGAAUCUGAACUGAUUCGCGUCACCCUCGUCGACUACUUCACAUCAGAGAUCCUCCUCGACAGCCUCGUCUACCCGCAGGUCCGCAUGGCGCACUACAACACGCGCUUCUCGGGCGUCUCCCGCCAAGACAUGCAGGCUGCGCGAUCAAAGGGCAAGUGUAUCACUGGCGGGCUGGCCAACGUCAGGGCCGCCUUGUGGGAGUGGGUGAGCGCUGAGACCAUUGUCGUCGGACACGCCGUCCACAAUGACCUCGCAUCACUGCGGUGGAUUCACCCCAAGGUGGUGGACUCCUUGAUCCUCGCUACUAACGUGCGAGCCGAGAUUGAGAGACUGGAAGCGGAGGAGGAGGAGAGAGCCAAUAAGGAGGCCGAGAGAGCUGCCGCUGAGGCUGCUGCUGAAGCCGUCGCCCAAGGCGGCGUCAGCUUGGAGGAAGAAGACCUGAUCUCAUUCGAUAAGCCCGAAUCCUCGGAAAACACCGAGGAGGGAGGAGGCCUCGCCGAGAAGAAGCCCCAGAAGCGCAAGGCCGGCGGGCUCUCCCUCAAGGCGCUGACAUCCGAGAUGCUUGGUCGUGACAUCCAAAAGGGUAGGGUCGGUCACGACAGCCUGGAAGAUGCCUUGGCCUCGAGGGAUCUGGUGCACUGCUUCGUGGCCAAGAAGCUUGCGGAGUCGGUCCAGGACGGCGGACCGAUCAUUCCUGGCUUUUGGUAA